UUCAUUCCCUACUCUGUAAUGAAGGUUAAUCCAGCAUCUUGGAUGCAGAUGAUUACAAGGUUUAAGGCAAGUAUAGCUAUAGUUAAAUCUCGAGAUCUUCACUGGGGAUUGUUAGCCACCAAAGAUCAUAAAGAUGUUAGUCUACAAUCUCUUCGCCUGUUGUUGGUAGCUGAUGGAGCUAAUCCAUGGUCUCUUUCAUCAUGUGAUCAAUUCCUUGCUGUGUUUCAAAGUAAAGGGCUUCGACCUGAUGCUAUUUGCCCUUGUGCGUCAUCUCCUGAGGCACUUACUGUCUCUGUACGUAGACCUGGUCAUGGUGGAGCCAAUGCUGUUGGACGAGGAGUAUUGAGCAUGCAGGGACUUAGCUUUGGUGUAGUGCGUGUCGACCAAGAAAACUCCCUCACAUCUCUAACACUCCAAGAUUGUGGACAGGUGUUACCUGGAGCAAUGAUUGUUGUCAUAAAAUUAGAGGGCCUGCCAUUUUUAUGCCGCACAGAUGAAGUUGGGGAAAUCUGUGUGGCAGGAGGAGCUGUUGGAGAUCAGUAUUGGGGUCUCCAAGGUAUGACUAAUAAUACCUUCAAGGUGCAACCCCUAAUGCUUGACAGUACACCAAUGAAUGGCACUGCUGCCUAUGUCCGCACAGGCCUUCUAGGUUUCUUAGGACCUGGUGGACUUGUAUUUGUAUGUGGAUCCCGUGAUGGCUUGAUGACUGUGACAGGUCGUAAGCACACACUGAUGACAUAAUUGCUACUGUAUUAGCUGUAGAACCCAUGAAGUUCAUUUACAGAGGUCGCAUUGCAGUAUUUUCUCAUAAAGUUCUAAGAGAUGAAAGGAUAUGUGUCAUUGCAGAACAGAGACCUGACUGUUCAGAA